AUGGAUGGGCUGCCAUCAUGUACGCUGCUCUGCCUGACUCGGGCCAUUGGGCCGUCUUCGUGUUCGCUCAGCGACCUUGACUGCAUCUGCACCGAUGUGCAGCUCACCACAGAGGUCCAGACCUGUGUAUUACUGAACUGCAGUGUCAAGGAUAAUCUGCGAUCGACGCGCCUUCUUUACGACGCGUGCGACUACCCUGUCGUGGACGAUAACUCGGUCUUUCCCUCGGUGGCCAUUGCCGGUGCUGUUUUCUCGACCGUCGCCGUCGGUCUUCGAAUCGCCGGUCGGCUCCUGGGAUCACGCAUGGGACUUGACGAUGCUGUCAUUGCUCUUUCGCUAGUCGCAGCGCUCGCCAUGUCGGUCAUUGGUCUCCGCCAUGCCCCCCUAGGGCUAGGCAAAGAUAUUUGGUUCGUCCUGUUCGACAACAUCACCAAGAUCCUCCUGCUAUGCUUUUGCAUCGAAGUCCUUUAUAUUUCAUCGAUUGCCCUGUCCAAGAUUUCGAUGCUCCUUCUCUUCCUCCGCCUCUUCCCCGACCAGAACUUCCGCCGCGCAACCUACUUCGUCCUCGCUGUCGCUUUCUGCUGGGGAGUCGCGACAGUUUUUGCUACAACCUUUUCCUGCAAACCGGUCAGUCAUUUCUGGCACAUGUGGGACGGCGAGCACCAGUGCAAGUGUCUCUCGCAUGUCCACAUCGUGUCGGCGCAUUCCGCUAUAAACAUCGCCCUCGACGUUGCGAUCAUUGGCCUUCCUGUGUCAACUCUCGCCAAACUGAACCUCCCCUUGGGCAAGAAGAUUGGUGUCUGCUCCAUGUUUGCGGCUGGGAUUCUCGUCACGGCCCUCAGCAUCUAUCGCUUUAUAAUGUCCCUCAGCCAGGAAAUGGGGGGAAAUAUCACAAAAACCUUCAUCUGGCUGGACACCUGGUCCGCCCUCGAAGUCUACCUCUCCAUCAUCUCCGUCUGCAUGCCCGGCGUCCGCGCCUUCUUCAACUACAGCUACCGCCGCUUCACUCGAGGCGUUGGUGGGUGUGAAGAAGAGUGUUCAACAUUUGUCCUGGGAAAUCUAAUAGACGGCUACGGUACACCUGAGGUUGGAACUGUAGAAGAUUCAGCCGAGCGAUACACCAUGAGGGGGAAUUCGACAGGAAGUGCAGACUUCGCAACAACAAUGACCGCCGGCGGACCUGCGUGCCGCAUCCUGGGUCCCCGUUAG